UGCACACAUUUUCAUGCGACUUACAUACACAGAUGCCAGUAGGGGCUCCCCGACCGUUUAGUCGCUCUCAAAAUGAAACACGAGGGGAACUGAGCAAACGUUCCAUAAUUUUAGGAGAUUUACAACGGACUGAAAAUUGGAAGGUGGUGACUCGACAAGUUUAGAGGCUACCUGUAGAGCAGCGCAGGAAUGUGAUACGCUACUGAAAAUGAGGCCAGACAUCAGUAUGGAGGAAGCGACGCACGAGACCUGAAGAUCGGUCACGCGCCGAUCGUUGAUUAUCGUGUAUCGCCCUUCUUAACUUCAUCGAAAGGCGGACCCGUUCUUUUUUUUUCUUGUCAAACAAUUACAGAGACCUUGAAACUGCAGUCUAGCGUGAGCGCCAGAGAUAUGUAAACACUCGUGGGGGAAUUUUGAGCGCGAGCGAUAAUGUCAUCCGGGACCAUCGUUAUGGACCAGGAUGACUUGGAUCCGGAGGCUUCGGAUUCUCUUUUGCACGGGAUUCACGGAGCGCACCGGCCCAGGCCGUCCUCUUACCGGGCGCUGCGCAGCGCCGUGUCCAGCCUGGCGCGAAUAGAUGACUUUAUCUGCGAGAAGAUCGGCUCAGGUUUCUUCUCAGAGGUAUUCAAGGUGCAGCAUCGUACCACGGGGCAGGUGAUGGCUCUGAAGAUGAACACCAUGGCCAGUAAUAAAGCCAACAUGCUGAAGGAGGUACAGCUGAUGAACCGCCUCGGACAUCCCAACAUACUCAGGUUUGUGGGAGUGUGUGUACAUGAGGGACAUCUUCAUGCUUUGACAGAGUACAUCAAUGGCGGUAACCUGGAGCAGCUGUUAAACAGUGAUGUGUUCCUGUCCUGGUCUGUGAGAAUAAACCUCAGUCUUGAUAUUGCCAGAGGACUGGAAUACCUACACAGCAAGGGCAUAUUUCACAGAGAUCUUACGUCAAAGAACUGUCUGGUACGCUGGGAGAACGGGCAGUGCAGUGCCGUAGUGGGGGACUUUGGUCUGGCAGAGAAAAUUCCUGAUCACAGUGAAGAGGCAGAGAAACAGAGCUUGGCUGUUGUUGGCUCCCCCUACUGGAUGGCUCCGGAGGUGCUCAGAGGAGAACGCUACGAUGAAAAGGUGGAUGUAUUUGCCUAUGGUAUUAUUCUCUGUGAGAUUAUUGGUCGGAUACAAGCAGAUCCUGACUUUCUUCCACGGACAGAGGACUUUGGUCUUGAUGUGGAGGCUUUUCGGCAGAUGGUUGGAGACUGUCCUCCUCAUUUCUUCAACCUCACAGUCGUCUGCUGCAGUAUGAACCCAGACAGUCGGCCCUCAUUCACAGAGGUGGUAGCAGAGCUGGAGAACAUAGUGAGUGAUCGAAAGAAGAGCGAAUGUACGGAGCCUGAUGUAGAGGACCGGCCAUCCACAAACACAACACCUUUAAGUCGAAAGCACUCUCUAGACAUUCCCACUGACCCACGUCUCUGUCGCAGUAAAUCUGAUGUGAUCCUCCCUCCGUCCCCUCUCCUGACUCGGACCACACCGAUGCGCGUCAACCCCUUCUCCCAGCGCCAAGACCUCAACGGCGGCCGCAUCAAGCUCUUUGACACCCCCAGCAAGUCUGUCAUUUCCCUCACCUUUGCUCUCCCUCCGCCCCCUGGCCCCAGCAGCCCCGUCUCCUGUAAUAAAAGCCCUCUCCAUUUCCACAGACGUAGCCAGUCACUGCCCUGCACGCCAGAAGACAUCCAGUCUCUGCGUGGCACUGCUGACAAUGGGAAAUGUGAAAAUACUCCAAGUGUUAUGGACACAGAUGUAAAUCCAGUCAAUGGAAAUUUGAUGGACGUGGGAAGGGACAGUUUGUUGGCUAUGAGCAACGAGAGCAUUGCAGAUCUGCAUAAUAUUAGUGAGGUUUUUAAUACACCCGGUGACAAUGUUAGGCUUUCAGAUCCUAAGCAGGACAACAAGGAGGAGAAUCUUGAAAUGGUCAGUCAAGAAGCUGUAGCUGAUGACUCUGGUCUUCCAUUAGAUCUAGAGCUGAUGUCUCCAAACCGAUCGAGGUUAGGGGAAAGCAUUGAGGAGCCAAUGGACUGCACCAGCUCUCCUGAUACACUAGAUGGCGCCAUGGCUACUUCAACCAAACUUUUCUCCAAUGGCUGGAGCUCCCCGGUCUCAAACGGGCCACCCUCAUUACCUCCUUUACUAGACACGGACAACAACAAUGGCACCAUUCUUAUAAAUCGACCUCUGGGAUGGGGGGUUAAUAACUCCAAUGGUGCCACGACCCCUCUUACGCCUCCGGAACAGGAUGAGGUCAUAGCCUGUCCGGGUUGCUGCCUAGCAGGGAUGAGUUUCCCCUCUAUUUGCACACGUGGACCUCGACAGACCCCUUAUAAGAACUUGAAUGGCGAUGCAGCUGGGAAAAGGCUUUUGUGCAAAGCUUUGCCGCCUUCGCCUACAGAGCCAAACAUUGCUCUGCCUGGCACUCGGACAUAAAAGAUGCAUGAUAUGUAGGUGAAGCGCUACCUUUAAAGUGGAUGCUACUGCUUAAUGCACUCAAACUAAAACCGAGCUGAAAAAUGUCAUUCUGAAGAGAAAGAAAAUGCUAUGUAUUAUUGUUUAGACUAGGUGGAUCAUUUAGUAUUCUGAUCCUAGUCCUAGUCCUCUAAACUUGAACACUCCCAUAGGUUUUAAUGCCUUUCUAAAGACAUGUGUUGUCAAUAUUUUUGUUAUUUUUACAAUUAUUUCAAAGUUUAUGAAAAUACUCUGUGAAUGGAAAAAAAAAGAUGUAUUAUUUUAUUAAUGACAUUAAAUGACAUGGACAAAGUAAAGUA